AUGAAUAAUAGGUUUCAUUGUUGGCUGUUUGAAAAUAGCACUUCAACAAACCGUGUUAUUGAUAAUCCUGUCUCGGCGGUUAAACAGCUGAUAGAGAAUUCGAUAGACGCCAAUUGUACUAAAGUGCUGAUCAAAAUAGAUGAAUCUAGCGGCGGAUGUAGGUACAUCCAAUUGAAUGAUGAUGGUAACGGAAUAAGUGUCCAGAAGCGCAGCAGCGUUUUUGUUAAACACUUCAAAACUGACGGUAAAUCAUGCAAAAGAAUAGGGUACAAAGGAAGAGCGUUAUAUAAUAUUGGCAAAACAGCAUCGAAGAAGGGAUCUAUCGAGGUGAUAACACGGACUAUUUCAGAGAAUGUUGCUGUUAAAUGGUCACCACCUAGAAUCAGAAUAAAUGAAACUAUUAGAUUUUCCAAGGUAGUGAAUCCACCGGGUACGACAGUUAUUCUCAGAGACCUAAUGACGGGAAGUAAAAGCAGUAGACUGGCAAAGAAAGAUAAAAAUUAUAUUAAAAUGAUUAGGGAUAUGCUUUUUCAUUUUUCUUUGAUUCAUAAGCAUAUAUGUUUUAGUUGCCAGCUUGUCAAUCCUCUAAGGGACGGAAGUAUCAAGACUUUAGAAUAUGUUGCGCGGUUUGGUAAAUAUGAAGACCGGAUGUCGCAAUUCAAAAAACAUGUUACCAAACAGAAUCUUAUAGUUGAGUUCGAACACUUUGAUGAGAUAGAGCUAAGUGAAUCUCUAAAAGUUAAUAUCAUAUUGCCCAAAAUUCGAACACAUGGCAGAGUGACAGAAUUGAUGCCGAAUCUUAAAUAUCCUUGCAUUAAUGGAGAAGCAGUAAUGGUACAAUCAGGCUUUGGUAAAAAAGUCAAUCAUUUUUUCAAGGAAUUUUAUAAGCAUUUCGGGAAACCAGAACCGAGGGCAUGGUUCAUUCAAUUUUUAUGCCACCAUACUAGCGACAAUGCUGUAGUCAAUGGCGAAAAUAAAGCUGUCGCACUUACACUGGAAAAAGCUCUAUCUAUUUUGCAAUGUUCACUGCUCACCUUCUACGCUCCACACAUGCAGUAUAAUGAUCCUUCAAAUUCUACCCAUAUUGAUAGUGAAUCAGUGAUUUUCACUCGUAGAAUAAUUAAUACAAGUGACAUUCCAAAGCAAAUUCACCGGCAAAUAACCAAUAACCCUACUCAACAAAUUCUCGAGAAGGAAUCUGAAUGGUUGACAGACAUGUAUAGCGGCACGCUAUCCGAUGGUAGAUCUUCACCAGUAAGGGAAAACCUUCUAUAUUCUGACAUUGUGAACACCGAGGAUUGCUGCAUUGAGCGAGAUCUUGAAGACGUAGAGCUAUCCAGAAAUACGACUCUUUCAAAUCCAUUUAUUCUUUCUCGGAUCCGUGCCAGGAACACUACAGAGAUAGUUGACGAUCAAAUUAAAAGUUCGGGCAUACUAGAAACAUACUAUCAGAGGCAGACGCAAUCUUCUGAGUUUUUUCAAGAACCAACAAGCAAGAGAAGAAGAAUUUUGGAAAAUGAUCCAGAAUAUGACCAUUCAACAACCCUUGUUGAUAUUGAGCAUACAGCAACCAACAGCUCUACUAAAAACCUCGACUUACAGUUUGAACAUACUUUCAAUCUCGGAUGUCGCAAAGCUGUCGGCCGAAGCGUUCCAUGGAAGCUUCGUUUCUUGAAAAAUGCCUAUAAGAAGGAAUUGGUCUGGUUCCACAGGAGCGGCAUGCCCUCAUUACCUUUAUUGGAUGGAAUACAAACGCUAAUGGAAGGCGAAGAUAGUGAUGUAGAUUUACAGCUAAUUCUUAUGCCAACAGGUUGGUUUAUGAUAGCCCUAUAG